UUUAAAAGGUCUACCUGACUCAUUUACGCCUUUUAGAAUCCAUGUGACACAAAGUGAUGACGACAUGACUUUUUCAGAAUUUAAAAGUAAACUGAGAAGUUAUGAAGAAACUGAAAAACUGCGUGUGGACACUGCCACAGAGGACAAUGUGAUGGCAGCACGGAUGAAUCAGAGGGUCAAGCACCUGAAGCCGAAAUAUGUUCAACCAAGCAUGCACGAGCGGAGCGCUGAUAGUAAAGACUUUAUUUGUUUUAAAUGCGGUAAAAAGGGACACAAAGCUAAUGUAUGUGACCGCAAAAAGUGGUGUAGGCAUUGCAAGACCACCACGCACCAGACUGAAGUGUGCAGAAAGAAACACAGAGAUGAUGAAGCACGGAAAGCUGCUGAUGACUACGAGGGAAAGGAAUACGCAUUCCGACUACAAGACGCUGACGGCGAGAUGGACGAAACCAGAACCAGGAAUCUGAUGGUGGACACAGGAGCAACGUCCCACAUUAUCACGGAUCCAGAGAGGUUCAGGAGGUUCGACGAGGACUUCGAGCCGAGGUCGCAUUACAUCGAGCUGGCAGACGGAACCCGGAGCAGAGGAGUGGCUGAACGGAGAGGAGAGGCUGUGGUAACCUUGAUCGACAGCAGAGGGGUCCAACACAAGGUGGUGCUAAAGAGAGCACUAUACAUCCCUUCAUAUCCACAAGACAUUUUCUCUGUGAAGGCAGCUACUACCAAUGGAGCAACGGUCAUCUUCAAGCGAGGUAAUAAUGUACUGAGACAUUCUGAUGGAACGAGAUUCCCCAUCAAGGAGUACAACAGACUAUUCUAUCUACGAACUAACAACACUGGACCACAGUCAAGCAUGUAUUGAGAUACCUCAAAGGCACACAAGAGAAGAAACUAUGCUACCAGAAAUGUGGAGGUGAAAAGCUAGGACUACGUGCUUACAGUGACGCAGAUUGGGCUUCAGAUGCAAAAGAUCGUAAGAGUAUGACAGGUUAUUGCAUCAGCCUAUCAGAGAAGGGACCACCUAUAUCCUGGAAAACCAAAAAGCAGUCUACAAUUGCUUUGUCUACGUGUGAAGCGGAGUACAUGUCUCUAGCAGCCACUGUUCAGGAAUGUUUAUAUUUGAUGCAACUUCUUGAGCACAUGGACAGUUAUGAAUAUGGACAACCAAAGGUGU